UUGGCUCCAUUUUGCAUUCAGUCAAAACUCAUCAAAACCAAGUAGUUCAGUUAGUACGCUUAACAUAUGGAAAUGGGGAGUGAAAGUAGUAAGAAGCAUUUCGUGUUGGUUCAUACAGCCUGCCACGGCGGAUGGGUUUGGUACAAGGUGAAGCUGCUGCUUGAAGCCGCCGGCGGGCACAAGGUGAGUGCCAUCAAUCUGGCAGCGAGUGGAGUCGACCCGCGGAGAAUCGAAGAAAUCGGGUCGGUGGAAGAGUACUUGGAGCCCUUGCUGAAGCUGCUGGAAUCUCUUCCCGAAGGCGAGAAGGUGAUUCUGGUCGGGGAGAGCUGCGGCGGGGUUUAUAUCUCCAUCGCCGCCGACAAGUUCCCGCAGAGGAUUGCGGCCGCCGUCUACACUAAUGCACUCAUGCCUGAUACCCAACACAAGCCGUCUUAUGUUCUGGAUACGUUGGGGGAGAAGUUCUUUUCUGACUGGAAAGACUCUGAGUUCUCUCCAUACAAAAUCAGGAAUGAGACGGUAGAAUCGGUCAAGCUUGGGCACGAGCUUAUGAAGCAGAACAUCUACCAGAACUCCCCACUUGAGGAUUAUGAACUGGCAAAAAUGUUGACAAGGAAAGGGUCGUUGUUUCGAGAUGAUUUGGCCAAAAGGAACAACUUCACAGAGGAAGGAUAUGGUUCGGUGAAGAGAGUCUACAUCUAUGGCGAAGAAGACUUGAUCUUCACAAAGGAGUUUCAGCUGUGGCAGAUCGAAAACUUUAAGCCAGACAAGGUUUAUAGCAUCCCUGGAGGAGACCACAAACUCAUGUUGUGCAAACCAAAAGAGUUGGUCAGCUGUCUCCUCCAAAUUGCAGCAGCGUAUUAAUAAGUCAAAACGACUAUAUAUUCAUCGAUCCAUAUCGAUCAUCCCUAAGAAUAAAUGUGUUUGUGUAAUAUGUAUGUGUGUCCCAAGUUGGCGGCUAUAUAGGCUGCUAGUGGAAUAAAGGUGGAUGGAGAAGAAGAAGGCAUAUAGUUGGCUU